AAAAGGAAGUGGAGGGUUCAACGUCCUUCCAAUACGCGACGGAGUUUAAUACCAUCGCCCACUUAGUAAUACGCUAUAAAUUCCCUUAGAUUUUGUUGUUCACUGAUGUAUUCGCACUUGUCUUUGUCUGAGUUAACAAAAAGGGUCAGCUUCAAUUCCUUCUCAACUUCUCUAUUAAUCUUGCUUUGUUUGCUAGUACUAACCCUCCAUUUCCAUUGCAUGUCUUCAGAUUCCUGCUAUUUUUUUUUCCAUUUUUCUUUCUGUCAUCUUUCUGCAGGACUUCAUACUAUCUCUCUCUCUCCAUGUGGCAACAUAAUUCUAAUUGAUCUGCAUUGAAAGCACUUGUCCCUAUUUUUAAUAUUAUUGGACCUUUGAGGUUUCUGGGCUUUGUGAAUCAUGGCUGAGGAUGGUGAUCUGCCUCCCCCAGAGAGAAAGUGGAGGAUACCACUCUUUGUUUUCUUUGAAGAUGCAAGGCUUGUUUUCAAGAAGGAUGCGCUUGGAUUGGAGAUAUUACAAAUUGCAUUACCUGCAGCCUUGGCAUUAGCUGCUGAUCCUAUUGCUUCUUUGAUUGACACUGUGUUCAUUGGCCGUUUAGGUCCUGUGGAGAUUGCAGCUGUGGGUGUUUCUAUUGCCAUUUUCAAUCAAGCCUCAAAGGUUACUAUAUUCCCACUUGUUAGCAUUACAACUUCUUUUGUGGCUGAGGAAGAUACUGUUGAGAGAAUAACCGGUAAAGUGCCAAACGAUGAGGACUUGGAGAAGGGUUCAGCCAACAACAAUGAAAUGAAGGAGUUGAUGCCAGAUGAUGUUGAGAUUGAGAACCUGGAAAAGAGUUCAACCACAAAUAGUGAAACAAAGGAGUUGAUGCCAGAUGACAAUUUGAUAAUAACUGCACACAAGUCUCCAACUGCUACAAGUAACAACCCAAAGAAGGGUAAACUGAAAAACGAGAGGCGACAUAUCCCCUCUGCAUCAACCGCACUGGUUAUUGGUGCUGUGCUUGGCCUUCUCCAAACUAUAUUCCUUAUAUUUCUUGCAAAACCAAUCUUGGGUUUCAUGGGUGUGAAAUCUGGCUCUCCUAUGCUAAAGCCUGCACAAAGGUAUUUGACAGUAAGAUCACUCGGUGCUCCUGCAGUUCUUCUUUCUUUGGCCAUGCAAGGUGUCUUUCGAGGUUUUAAGGAUACCAAAACUCCUUUGUUUGCCACUGUUGCCGGAGAUCUAACAAAUAUAGUUUUGGAUGCUAUCCUCAUCUUUCCAUGCCGCUUGGGAGUUAGUGGUGCAGCCAUUGCACAUGUUCUUUCUCAGUACUUAAUUUCUUUGAUCCUUUUAUUGAAAUUGAUGACGAAGGUUGACCUAUUACCCCCGAGUAUUAGAGACUUGCAGUUCAGUCGAUUUCUCAAAAAUGGUUUUUUAUUAUUGGCAAGGGUAAUAGCUGUGACAUUCUGUGUAACUUUGGCUGCAUCGAUGGCUGCAAGGCUUGGCCCAACACCCAUGGCUGCUUUUCAAAUUUGCUUACAGGUCUGGAUGACAUCAUCGCUUCUUGCUGAUGGCUUGGCUGUUGCUGGACAGGCAAUCCUUGCCUGUGCAUUUGCUGCGAAGGACUAUGAGAAGGCAACAGCCACUGCAUCUCGUGUUUUACAGAUGAGUUUUGUACUAGGCCUGGGUCUCGCGGCUUUUGUGGGACUUGGUUUACAAUUUGGAUCAGGAAUUUUUUCGAAGGACGAAAAUGUUAUAAACCUCAUACAUAUAGGCAUCCCGUUUGUUGCAGCUACACAACCAAUCAAUUCAUUAGCCUUCGUGUUUGAUGGCGUUAACUUUGGAGCAUCUGAUUUUGCAUAUUCUGCGUACUCCAUGGUUCUAGUGGCCAUAGUGAGCAUUGGAUCCUUGUUCAUUCUCUCCAAAACCAGUGGUUUUGUUGGAAUAUGGCUUGCUUUAACCAUUUAUAUGGGUCUUCGCGCAUUUGCCGGUGUUGGGAGGAUGGGAACCGGAACAGGACCCUGGCGCUUUCUCAGGGGUCGAUCGAUGCCAUUAGAACAUGAAGUUCCUUGAAUUUCUUUCAUAUAUUGAUAUAGUGCUCCUUUUUUAUAUAUAUUUUUUCCUUUUUAUUUUUGUUUUGAUAUUGCCCACAUUGAGUUCUCUCUACUCACUUUUGACCCUUGUCUGUCAAAAUAAGUGGGCCAAUAUAUCUUUCCUUCUCUAUGUUGUGCUUUGAGUUCAGAACCUACAUGUAUAUGUUGGUGUAGAAUGAAUUCAUUUGUAUAUAAGUUGUAUGAGAUGAUUUUGGAAAUUGGUUUCAUG